CACGAAAAACACGUCGUCCGCACCAAUCAGGCAUGUUUGUUUUCAUAUGAAACCAAAAGUCACCGUAAUUUCUAGAACCGCACAUUUACAAUCCCCCCUUUUCUUCCUAACAUCAGUCCACUGCGCACCUGAACAAGAUCAGCUGCUUAAUUUUUCUGUGCAAAUGAUACAGCAGUCAUAUUAUCAGUAGCUGUACCAGAAAGGAUGUCAAGUGGCAGAAAUACCCAUUUCUGUUACCAAUGCAGCCAGCCAGUUCGGCUUCGAGGUCAUAAUUUGACUUGUCCAUAUUGCGAUGGAGGCUUUGUACAAGAGCUUGACGAGUUGGUUGGUGCUCAACGGCAGGAUUUUUUUGGAUCUCAUUCCAGAGAUAUGUCUGAUUUUGGAAUGAUGGAACCUUUCCAUGAUCCAAGAUUUGGGAUCAUGGAUGCAUUCGCGGCACUUAUGAGGCAGAGAAUGGCUGGGAGAAACCCAAACUUCGACAUUAGGACACGAUCAGGUGCUACUUCUGAAAACGGCAUGGCCUUGGGUUCUGGACCUUCUGGUCCAUUGUUGAUAUUUCACGGGCAAUCACCAGCCAGCAUGUCUGAUAAUAAUGCAUUUGAGUUCUUUCUCAAUGGAACCCCUGGAAUGGGGCAGCGUCGAGCUAAUUUUGGUGAUGUUUUUAUGGGGCCUGGACUGCAGGAAUUGAUUGAGCAGCUUACCAUGAAUGAUAGGCAGGGGGCACCUCCGGCACCUCGUUCUGCAAUUGAUGCUAUGCCCACUAUUAAAAUUACUCAGAGGCAUCUUAGUACUGAUUCUCACUGCCCAGUUUGUAAAGAUAAAUUUGAGUUGGGUACUGAAGCUAGGCAGAUGCCAUGCGAUCAUAUUUACCAUUCUGAUUGCAUUACUCCUUGGUUGGUUCAACACAAUUCCUGUCCUGUUUGCCGUCUUGAGCUGCCUUCACAGGGUUCUGGAAGUUCUCGUCCCAACUGGAAUUCGAGAACUGGGAACGCAAGUGGCAGCGGUGGUGCCCACAGCAAUGGAAGGGUCAACGUGCAGCAUCAGGGGAGAAGGAAUCCAUUCUCGUUCUUGUGGCCAUUCUGAUUGUCAAAUCAAAGCACUCGCCAUUAUGCUGAAACAGGAGGAAUUAGUUCAACAGCAUUUAACAAAUAUAAUCGUGAGGGUACACUAUCCUGGAUGGCAUUUUGAUUAUUAAGGUUGAGUUUGCAGCAAACUUUUUCUCUUUGUUUCGCUUUUUCUUGUCUGUUUCUUAUAGCGUGCCUCUGUAAUCUUCUUGUGAUUUAGCAAAUAUUUUGGCGGUGUAGAUAUGUUUCAUAAAAUUGUCUUAAAGAUUUAGUAAGUUGAACAAGGGUGGCCGAAUACUUAAAUUUUCCAUCAUGUAAAAAUGCCUUUGGUUUUAGCUGCUCAUUGUUGCCUUGGUAUGUUGAUAUAUAUCGAAGAUUGGGUAAAAGUCGCCUGUGGUUAUUGAA